AUGCCCAGUAGUAACUUGAGACAGGUGUGGAAGGGAAUGAAGAACCAGCUUCCAUCAUUGAAGAUCCUUGAUCUCAGCAAUUCCAUUUACCUGACUGAAGUUAGUGAGUUUUCAUUAGUCCCCAAUCUAGAAAAAUUGAUUCUUGAACAUUGUCCAAGCUUGGUUGAAAUCCAUGAAUCCAUUGAAAACCUAAAGAGUCUUGUUUAUUUGACUUUGAAAGAUUGCAAAACUAUUAGCAAGCUUCCAGAGAGUUUUUCUAAGCUUAAAUCACUGGAGACAGUUAUUAUAUCUGGCUGCUCAAAUCUGAGAGAGUUUCCAGUGCAGAUGAGUAAGAUGGAAUCUCUGAAAGUGCUUGAAAUAGAUGAAGUUCCCAUAAAUCGAAUGCUCACUACGACAGGGGAGCUCAUAUCAUGGCCGCGAAAAAGUAUAGAUAAUUUUUGGGCUUCAUUCCCCUCAAAUUUAGUUGAUUUGAGUCUUAGAAACUGCGGACUUUCUGAUGAUGAUUUUCCUAUGGGUUUUAGUAACUUGCGCUCACUGCAGACAUUGGAUCUAAGCAUGAAUCCAAUUUCUGGCUUACCAGAUUGCAUCAGAGGCCUUGGAGGGAUUGAUCUCCAUAAGUUGCAAAAGUGUACAAGUCUCAAAUCUCUUGUAAGACUACCAAAAGUAAAAGUACUGGAUAUGUGGGACUGUGACUCAUUGGAAAAAGUUACUUUUCAGUCAUUAUCAUGCAUACCAAAGAGAAUAGACAUGUAUCUGAGUAGGCGCUCCAAACUAGCUGAGAUUGAGCACUGGUUCAAGUUGGAACCUAUUGUAAAGGUUGAUGUAAAAAUAAUUAACCUUUUAGGUUUGUGCAACUUGAAACCUAUGGAAGCCAUUAAGAUGUACAACGCCAGCCUUUAUGUAUCAGAGAAAAUGCAUCCCAUUCAGGGAGUGUCUGAAUAUGGUAUAUUCAACACAUUUAUUCUUGGAAACGAGGUUCCGGGGCAGUUCAGCCAUAGAAGCAGCGGUGCCUCCUCAAUGUCUUUUACUAUGCCUUUACUUCCUCCUAACCUCGGGAUUCGAGGCUUCAACUUCUUCUCUGUCUAUGCGAAGUCCAAAGGUCUUCGUUCUGGUCUUUUACCUAAUCAUCCUGUAAUGAUAAGAUUCACUAAUAAGAGCAAGUCUCUGAAGUGGAUCUAUGGGCCAUCAUUCUAUGGCAUUCCAAGUGGCGAUGAAGUCACUGUUUCAGUGUUUACACCAGAGCAACAUUUUCAUUUAAAAGAAUGGGGCAUUCAGAUUGUGGAAGAACAAGAAGACCAGAUGAUCAGUACCCAAGAUAGCAGCAGCAACAUAAAUUCUUGUUAUGAUCCAGAUCAAGAUGUCAAUGACGUCAUUGGUGGAGAUUUAUUAGAGUAUCAGGUGAUGCCAGGAACAUACUUGCUUAGCGGUGGACCUUUAGAAGCAACUAGAGAAAUGUAUAAUAAAGAAAGGCAGCAACAGCAGCAUCAUGGUGAGUCUGGCAUGACGCCUGCAGCAGAAGCAGAAGUAGAAGCAGAUAGGGUUUGCAUUGGCUGCAAGUUUGUCAUUAUGGCCAUUAUCCGAUGGUCACUUGCUCUUUGCUCCCCAAGUGAAGGAAAUGACAGGUCCUGA